CCACGUUCCUCCUCUCCCUUCUCAUCCCCACAAUCUUUCUGCUGCCUCUUCCGCCUGACCUUUUCCCCCAACCCACAAGAUCGCAAUAGCUCCUUUUUCUCUGUCUCACUCGGUCUGGGGUUCUCACAAAACCAGACGUGGGCUCAUAUCCUGUGACUUCACUUGUUUCUGCUGUGGAUCAGCACUGAACCAGCAGCGUUGCGGCAUAGUUCGCCCGCGCUCCCCCCAGUUAAUCAACUUUCGUGACCAGAUUGUCAAAUACUACCACAAUACCCUCACUCUCUUUCUGUUGCAUUUUCUCGAAGACUUGCCGCCAUGGACGCUUACUCAGUCUCUUACACCAGCCCUGCCAACCGGAGGACAUCUCGCAUUUACCAGGAUUUAGAGUCCUGCCGAGCCCAAAGCCUUUUUGGGUCCGGACAAGACAAGCUGUUGCUUAGAUCGCUGACCAUGGACUCACUUCUGCGGCGCAAACAAUCAGAGUCGGGUCCAAGACCCCAUAUUGCUGUCAUCGGUGCUGGCCUCGCCGGUCUGCGCUGCGCUGAUAUCUUGAUACAACAUGGCCUGCUGGUGACCAUUAUCGAAGGCCGAGAACGACUUGGUGGGCGUAUGUUCCAGGAAACGCUGCCCAACGGCCACACUGUAGACCUUGGUCCGAAUUGGAUACACGGAACAGACGACAAUCCCAUCAAUGACUUGGCCAAAGAAACUGGAACUGCCGUGGGAAGCUGGGAUCACCGGUCGUAUGUGUUUGAUGAUUCGGGAAGCUUGUUCAAGCUGGACGAGAGCGAGAUCUACUCGAGUUUGAUGUGGGACAUUGUUCAGGAUGCCUUCCAACACUCCAACAAGAACACCGCCACUAUACAUCCCGAUGAGAGUCUUUGGGACUUCUUCCAGGAAAGGGUGGUUGAUAAAAUCCCCGAUACCGAGGAGAACUUUGCUGAAAAGCGAAAAACCGUUCUCCAGAUUGCAGAGCUCUGGGGCGCUUUUUCCGGCAGUCCGAUCACAACCCAAAGUCUAAAGUUCUUUUGGCUUGAAGAAUGCAUAGACGGAGAAAACUUGUUCUGCGCUGGUACAUACGAAAAGAUCUUUGAGCGAGUUGCAGAGCCCGUCAGACACAAUGCCGAUGUCAAGUACGAUACUAUCGUUACCAAGGUGGAGCUCAAAACCGAGGAGCGUCCGAAACCGAGGAUUCACACCAACACGGGCGAGAUUUUGGAGUUUGACGACGUAGUCAUGACAACACCCCUGGGCUGGCUGAAGAAGAACCUUCAAGCAUUCGAACCACCGCUACCCGAGAGAGUCGAGCGUGGAAUUCAAGCCAUCGGAUAUGGAUGUCUGGAGAAGGUCUACAUCAGCUUUCCCAAAGCGUUUUGGCUGGAGCCCGACGCAGAGGGCCGCGUGGUGCAGGGCUUCUGCCAAUGGCUUGCGCCGACAUAUGCUCAAGAGACGAACCCAAAGAGAUGGAAUCAGGAAAUUGUUGAUCUUGCCUCGAUGGGCGAGCACUCGCACCCGACGCUCUUGUUCUACAUUUUCGGAGACGAGUCCAAGUACAUUACCGAAGGCGUGUCGAGGCUGAAGACGAUACCGGAGAGAAACUAUUUCUUGUAUGACUUCUUCAAGCCUUACUACUCCCGUCUGCCACAUUACGAUGAGAAUUCGCCCGAUUGCAAGCCGACGGGGAGUCUGUCGACAGACUGGCUACGAGACGAUUUGGCGGGCAACGGCAGCUACAGCAACUUCCCAACCGGAUUGUUGGAGGGCGACAAGGACAUUGAAGCGAUGCGGGAAGGCGUACCGGAAGGCGGUCUGUGGCUGGCGGGCGAACACACGGCGCCGUUCGUGGCGCUAGGGACGGCGACGGGAGCUUACUGGAGCGGUGAGAGUGUCGGCCGAAGGGUUGCCGAGGCCCAUGGGCGGGCGAGCAGCAAGAUUCUGGAAGAGGGCCAGUAAUCGGGAUACUGAACGAGCCGUCUCGUACUCAGCCUUGAUGUGGUAGUUAUGUGGCUCGAAAUUGGGCGAUUCAAAUGGCGCAUCCUGCAUGGCCUGUUGGUUGAUGGAGUCACUGGUGGUAUCUUGCAUUAUGGCCAGGGCCUCUCCGUACCGGGGUGCCUUUGGUGCUGCAUUCUCUUUUGUUGUAGAUGAGAUGAUCCACGACGAUGACGGCUGUCAUUUGAUUCUUCAACGAACUAUUUACAAUGAGUAUAUUUUUUUUAGGG